AUGAAGAAACUCUUCAUGGUGGAAUUGUUGAAUGCCAAAAGAAUCGAGUCCAUGAGAUCAAUGCGAGAGGAAGCGGUGUCUCUGGCCGUCCGAUCAGUGUGGGAGAAGAGCCGCCAUGGAACAGUUGCCGUCAAUCUUAGCCAGAUAAUCGCAUCCCUUGUAAGUUCGCAAAUACUGAGAAUCCUUUAUGGCACCACAUCUGAGGAUCAGGGUUUGGAUAGCAAUGGCGAGAAAAUUAAGGAAUUGUUAUUAGAGGCCUCAAUGGCUGUGGGAGUAUUCAACAUUGGAAACUUUAUUCCCUGGCUUGACUGGCUCGAUUUGCAAGGUGUCAAGCGACGAAUGAAGACUGUAAACAAGUCUUUCGACGAAAUGAUGACAAAAAUAAUAGAACAGCACAGACAAAGGAGAAGCUCAAGCUUGGGGAAUCAGCAGCAGCAGCCCAAUUCAAAGGAUGUCAUUGAUGCUCUGUUGGAUAUGCAGGCCGCCGAUUCCGUCACUAUCACAGAUGAUCACAUUAAGGCCAUUGUAUUUAAUGUUUUUGCGGGUGGAAUGGAAACGACGUCCACUACAAUGGAGUGGACGAUGAGCUCGUUGAUCCAAAAUCCUCAUGUGCUGAAGAAAUUGCAAGCGGAAGUUGAAGCCAUAGUAGGCAAAGAGAGGGUCGUACAAGAAAGUGAACUCAAAGGUAUGGAAUAUCUUUUGUGUGUGGUGAAUGAGACAGUAAGAUUAUAUCCGGCGCUGCCGUUGCUAAUCCCACACAAGUCAACAGAAGAUUGUACUAUUGAUGGGUACUUCAUUCCUAAGAAGAGCAGGGCUUUUGUCAACAGUUGGGCUUUGGGAAGAGAUCCCAAAGUGUGGAAGGAUCCAUUGGAAUUCUUGCCUGAAAGGUUUAUGGGUAGAGAUAUUGAUUUUAUUAAAGGGAAGGAGUAUUUUGAUGUGGUUCCCUUCGGUGCAGGAAGGAGGGCAUGCCCCGGGAUUAGCAUGUCCUUUUCCAUGAUGACUUUUACCAUAGCUCAACUAGUGCAUUGCUUCGAUUGGGGAGUCGAGGGGGAAUUAGAUAUGAGUGAAUGCAAUGGAGCCUCCUUACCUAGAAAACAUGAUAUUCUCGCCAUUCCAUCAUUGAGGUUGCCUACCUGCCCAUGA